AUGGAUGGUGAGAAUCAUCAACACAUUUUUAACGUUCACAUCUCUUCUCCACGUGUUAUUCUCCCCCUUCCACCACAAACGCUCAAACAUCAAAUUUUCUCACUAAUCACAUCACGAAGUGAUGGGACUGGCAUAGAUAAGAGAGAUCUUACAUUUAAUGAAUAUGUGGAUGAUAGUGAUGUUGAUCUGGAAGAAGCUAAACGGGGCAAGCAGGGAAGCAGGUUAAUUAUUGAAGAAAUAAAUCAGAUGAGAGCAGAAUACACAAAGAUAUCAUAA